AUGGCAUGCUUCAGCGCCACAGAAAAUUCCUUUAGAUCGCAGCUACUGUGGCCAUUGCGGCGGAACAGUCGCCGCCUAAUUCUUGGUGGUAUUUGCUACAUAUUCCUGCGCAUCACAGACAAGGCCGUCACUACGGCCAACAUAUCGAACGAAGUUGUCUUUCAGCAGCUUGACGCAACGGAGGACAAAUUGAUUAAAUCCCUGCAGAACUAUUUCCUUAGGCUCGCUGUGCCAAGUUUGGAAACAUUCGAAGAUUGGGGAGUUCUGGGCCGGCCCCCAGUCUGCUCACCCGAUAUUGAAGAGUUUUUCAUAGGAAUAAACCAAUAUUUGGAAACCAUCAAAAAUGCAUGCGAAAAUAUGAGUGAACAAGUCUGCUUGGCGGAUGGAGAAAAAAUGGAUUCAGCGAUUCAGUUUAUUACCUCAAGUGAAGCACCGAGUCCCGUGAUUAGUUCGGAAAAAGUUGAGCGUUUGUCACGACUUGUUCAACAGUGGAUCAGGGAAAUUGAGAAGUUACUCAAUCAGUCGGAACAAGUGCGCCAAGAAUCAGAUGAUAUUGGACCUUCAGUUGAACUGACAUAUUGGAAGGCUCGUAUGGUGCGCUUCACCAACCUCUUCACAGAACUACGAACACCUUAUGUGCAGGCCGUGAUUGCGACACUGCAACUCGCAAAGGCUAGGAUACUAAAGUACUGGAAAGAGCUGCUGUUAAUCGAUAUUUAUCUGUGUAACCAGCCGCACUUUCACUGA